AUGGCUCAUCCGACUGAUGAUAUGACGACUUCUGCACCUGCAGACCACGGCCACGAAAGGGCCGCCGUUGUUAGCGAUACCCAAGCCCACGAAAGGGGUGCGGGGACCGACGAAAGGAUCCUCACAAUGCUGACUGCACUCACGGAUCGCAUGCAAGCGCUCGAGGCGUCGCAGAUGCAGAUCGACGAGGACGAGCGACUGCGAGGCGCGAUCGACAGUGGCUUUUUUGCGUCAGCGCUGGGACGCGGCAUGGGCGGUACGACUCUACAUCGUGACGCGCUAGGAUAUGAUGCUCCGAGGCAGCCGCGUGGACGUGUUCGCGUGACGCAACCUGGUGACUCGCUAUUCCAGCAGUUCGGUCCACGGUAUGUCGGUCCGCGACAGCCAGCGAGCGCUGCUCGACCACAGGCGCCACGCUAUGCGCCAGUGUCGCCUCCAGAUUUUGAAGAUGCUCAUGCGCCUGUGCCACCAAUGCAGCAGGCACCGACGCAGGAGUUGCCGUUGCGUGUCCCGGACGCACGCCAACGUAAGCUUGCUAUUCGCAAGUUUGAUGGUACAGAACUGUACCAGGGUCUCGGAUCGGGUUUUGCUGACUGGGGUCGCACGUUCUUGCGCCAAGUCACUAUGGCGCAGCAGGCCUGCGGAUUUGCAUGGGCUGAAGAUGUCAAGGUCGACUUGCUGGGACACUACCUAAGUGGGACAGCAGAGCGGUACUAUCAAAAACAAGUGGACGUUUGGUGGCUCGAAGAAGCCUCUCUCGAUCACGCUAUGGGCCGGUUGCUACACACAUUCAAGACUUCAAUCACGGCGUCGCAAAGCAUGGAACUUUUCACUGCAAGGAAAGAUCCCAAGAGAUCUUGGCCUGAACACUACCUGUAUAUGGUUGCUGUAUGCGAUGCCUGCGGUGGAGGUGCAGAAGCACAAGUUCUCGACAACAUUGUCCACUAUGCGUCGGCUGAUCUUACAACAGUUUUGAUGGCCAAGUACAACAAUGACCGACACGAUCAUUUGCGCCAAGCUGAAGAGCUUGCGCAUUUUGCACAGUCUGUUGAGCUCGAGAACAAGACCGGAAGGACGUUGGGACGCGAGUUAGUCGCCGCUGUCACUGAUGAAAGGCGUCGCAAGGAGACGCGUUCAUGCUACAAUUGUGGCAAACAAGGUCAUUUGAGGAUUGACUGCAGGUCAAAAAGGAACGUCAACAAGAGCGCCAAGAACGACGGCGAGGUGGUUCUUGCUGUUAAUGACGACAGCGACAAUUUGAACGACAACUGGAUACUCGACAGCGGUGCCAGUCGACACCUGGUGAACGACGAUCGCCUGCUGAUCGACGCAGAGAUUUGCAAUGAUGUAGUCUCGCUAGCCGAUAACGAGAAGGUCGGUCUGUCCAAGUUCGGUAGUGUGAGACUCUCCGUGGCUGCCAAUGGACAAGAAAAAACAGUCAAACUCACGAACGUCUACUAUUCACCGAGUCUGGUCCGCAACAUCAUCAGCUAUGGCAAGAUUGAUCAAAAGGGAUACAGUCUUAAGUAUUCUAAUGGCAAACGAUCAGUAGCUCGACGGAGUGAUGGCCAGGUCGCGUUCGACGUGACGAUGGAGAAUAGUGUGCUAAUCGUCGAGACGGUGAAAAAGAGUGUACGCCAAAAAGAGACAGCGGAUGUCAUAAUGGCUGCCAUUCAGGAAAAGGCAGCAGAUGAAAUGACUUCGGAGAUGCAUCGUGGCUCUCUGCUACACUUUCAUCAACGCCUGGGGCAUCUGUCGUACGAUGCAAUUGAAAAGGUCGCGAGAAAUCCAAGCUCGGGUAUCGAGCUGACAGACCACAAACGGAUGACAUGCAUCACGUGCGCACAAUCCAAGCAGACAAAAAAACAAGCAGAACCAGAAAGACUCUGGACAGAACGCCCCGAUCGACCGCAUCGGCGGUGUCAUCUGCUUGGACCUAAAAGGCCCACUAACGCCUGCGGAUCGACUCGGAAACCGAUAUCUGAUCAACUUCAUCGAUUACAAGACCAACUACUGUCGAGUUUUCUUAGCUCGAACCAAGGACGCUGCGGCAAAGAAGUUCGAACACUUCUUGGUGUUCUUUGA